AGCAUUCUUGAGAUAAAUUGAAACUUAACCAGCUAAACAACUAGAAAUACCGACAUAUUCAUCGUGAAUUAUGAAGAGUGACUGUAAGAUGUGGCCGAAUAAUAUAGGAUAUGCGUGGGUUAACCUAUUGGACAUUUUUUAACAUACGUUUAGGCUCCACAAGAAAUGUGGCUCAUUCCAAGUUAGGAUUUAGCUAGUUUAGGACUCGCACGACAACAACAACAUGGGGGGAAAUUCACCGCAAAGUCUUUCUUCAGACGAGCAAAAAGAGCUGGUCAAAAGACUCGCCGCCUUUCUGUCCCAGUACAGAUACUUAUCGGAGUCGUACAUAAUUGAAUUCUUCACUGAGGAUUUGUGGCACAAGUUACCCGUCAGCUGGCAGUCUGUGCUGCAGCACCUGUCCUACCCUCAGACUGCAGACCUGCUGCUGGAUGCUGCACAUGGACACAGGAGGUAUCCGUGCGUGUGGCCGCUGUCCCUUUUGGCUUUCCGGGCCACAGCCCACGCGCUCACCUUUCCCAGACACUCCUGGCGGGGGCGAGGUGACGUGGCCGAUUUGGCGAAGCUCCAAGGGUUCCACGACAACCAGAACCAGAGCUCCCUGCUGGCCCACAUUUUCCGGAAGCACGUCAAGCCCAAGAAGCAGCACGAGAUUCGCGAGCUGGGCAUGCUGGUCAAACAACUUUGUGAGCACACUGCGUGCAAGCAAGUCGUGGAUGUCGGCUCUGGACAGGGUCAUUUGACUCGCUUCCUGUCAUUUGGGCUCGGUUUAUCUGUGACCGCCAUUGAGGCUGAUCCCACCCUGGUUGCCAUGGCAACCAAGUUUGAUGGACAGUUACUACUGGCCUUGGAGAAGGAAAAACAGAAACAGAACUGUUCCUCUGAGCUGCCAUCAUCGGAGGCGUGUCCUCGCCAUGUGACAGGUUGGGUCGACCCCAAGGCAUCAUGGGAGAUUUUCGUCAAGCAGCUGGGUGCAGACGGCCAUGUUGGGGAAGGUCGCGUUGUUCCAGUGGGACCCUGCAAAAAAAGACUGCGGGCGUCGCCAUGCUGCGCUUCAGAUGACUCAAAGUCAACAAGUCUUGCUGAAGACGAGUCUUGUGACCUAAAAUGCGCCCAGCAAGGACGUCCAGGCUUUGUCCUGACUGGUCUGCACGCCUGCGGGGACCUCAGCACCACCCUCCUCCGCCAUUUUGUCAAGUGUCCGCACAUCCGCGCCAUCACCUCUGUGGCGUGCUGCUACAUGAAACUCACCACCAAAGAGCAGCCCGCCCCUCCAGGCGUGGUCGGACCGCCAGUUCCACCAACCUCAGACCAAGAUUCUUUCCCCUCGGACUUUGGCUACCCCAUGAGUGAGCACGUGCGGGGGUUGCCGGGACACGAGCUGUCCUACAAGGCACGGGAGGGGGCGUGUCACGCAGUGGAGCACUACAUUGACAGGCUGAGGGAUGAGAGCGCGCUGCUGCGGACACACUGCUACCGCGCCAUGCUGGAGACCUUCAUCACAGAGGCCAGACCACAGCUGCGCAGGGCAGGGAUCCAGACGGUGAAGAAAGCCCACUUAUUGACCUUCAAUGAAUACGCCAAGUUGGGUCUGGCCCGGGUCGGCCUGCCCCCCACCUUGCCUCUUGACACAGUGCGUGUGGAGGCCAUGCUGGAGCAGCAAGGGAGGGUGGUGGUCUACUUCAGCUUAGCUCUGCUGCUGGCUCCUGUGGUGGAGACGCUGGUGCUGCUGGACCGCAUGAUCUACCUACAGGAGAACGGUGUGGACAGUCAGCUGCUGCCUCUUUUUGACCCCAACUUUUCUCCAAGAAACUUUGUGCUCGUGGCUCUGAAGACUGGAGGGUAGCAAAAAGACGAAUGUUGUAUGUUUUUCACUCUGUGGUGGAAUAAGUAACUUGAAAUAUUCCGUUGUUUUUUUACAGUUUAGCCCUGCUUUUUAGAGGUUUUAAAUUUCGAAAAUGGUUUUAUACUCAGCUUCACUGCAGUGCAUCAUAGCUCAAAUGCAGAAUGUGGCUUGUUGUAGAAAAAAUGUAACGAAAACCCAGCAGAAGUGAAAAAAUAGAGCAAAAAGGCAUAAUGUAGCUAUAAAAAUCUAAAAUGUUGAGACUAAUAACUAAUAAAAACAUAAAGACUUGUCUUUAAAUAUAUGUGUAACUUUUUUAAAAAUUAUAAAUUCAUUUUUUUUUUAUUAUAAAUAUUAAAGGACGGAUGGACAGCCCUGACGUAAAUACAAGACAAGUAGAGAAGACAAAACAGUGAGCUGGCAUUUUUCAACUACAAACUGCAACUAUUAAUGCUGAUACCCCUAUUGAAAAGCCAGCAUUUCAAGAAAUGCUGCAAAUGUUUGACAAGCAGUACAAAUUGCCUGUGAGAAAAUACAUAUAACAAAUUCCGCAACUUUACAGAGUGAAAGAUGAUGUGUUAAAGGAAAUAUUGCAUUAUUAUGAUACAUUAUUAUUAUUAUUAUAAUAUAUUAUCAGAACAGUGGUCUCAAAAAUGUUUAUGAUAAUAUGAUUGUUUAGCGUCAAUUUGUGGGACAAUAAACAUUUCAAAACGUGCCUGCAUUGUUUUGUGACUCGGUUAAAUAAAAAAAGUUUGUUUUUCCAAUCGUAUUUUUGUUAAAAUUAAUGUUAAAAUCUCGUUCUCGUGGACCCUAUCUCGUGUAUCGUCUCGUGAGUUGGGUGUCUUGUGACACCCCUACUGUAUACACUUUUGUUUUGAUUGCGAGGAAAGCUUUUUCUGCUGAGUACGAUGAGGUACUACACUCCACCCUUCAAUGUUUGCAUUCCUAUUUUUCAAUUAUCUGUUUCAGGACUAGUAAAUAAUAAAUGGACAA